AUGAUUAUUCGGCAUAUUUAUUAUUCAUUGUUCAUAUUAAUACAAAUAUAUACAUUAAUUAAACAAAUUUCCAGUUGUCCUAUUCCAUUUAAUAUUCAAUCAAAAUGCCGAUGCGCAAUAACUGAAACAGGACGUGUUUAUAUUUAUUGUGCACGAAAACAAUUAACUGUUGUACCUCAUUUUGAUAAUAGCAAUAUAAUUUUCGAUGAAUUAGUUCUAUCCGGUAAUCGAAUAUCCAUUGUACAUAAAAAUGCUUUUAGUGGUUUAAAAUUACGUAAACUUGAAUUUCAAUCAAAUCCAUUAAAUUUAAUUGAAAUAAAUGCUUUUAUUGAUUUAUCAAAUUAUUUAGAAGAACUUAUUUUAUCAACAACAAUAUUAUCAUCAUCAUCAGAAUUAACAACAAAUACAUUUCUACAAAUCUUAUCUGAAUUACCAAAUUUAAAACGUUUAUUUUUACGUUCAUUUGAUUUAUCAAAAUCAUUUAAUCUAACGAAUAAAAAAACAAUUUUAACAUCUAAAAAAUUAACUCAACUUUCAUUACAAUUAUGUUCCAUUAAACAAAUUGAUGAUAUUGAUACAUUUAUUAAUUUAUUUCCAAAUUUAGAACGUUUAGAUUUAUCAGAAAAUCGUUUUGAAUAUUUUAAUAUUCCAUUAGUAUUAUCAUUGAAAAAAUUAAAAAUUUUAAUUUUAAGUAAAAAUAAAAUUCAUCAUUUAAAUAUUCAAUCAUCAAUAUCAUCAAUAACAUUUCAUCCAUCAAAUUCAUUGAUUGAACUUGAUUUAUCUUAUAACGACGAACAUAUAUUUGAAUUAAUAUCUUCUCAACUUGAAAUUUUAAAUUUACGUAAUAAUGAAUUAGUAACUGAAAAACAUUUAACAUUUCUUAUUCAUUUAUAUCAUUUACGCGAAUUUUAUUUCGAUUAUAAUCGUCUUGAAUCAAUUAAUCAAUUAUAUUUACCAUUAAAUUUAAAAUUAUUAUCAUUAAAAAAUAAUCGUUUAAAUUAUAUUAAUUUAUCUAUAUUAACACGUCUUGGACAUUUAGAAAAAUUAUAUUUAUCAUCAAAUAAAUUAACACAAUGGUCAUCAACAAUAAAUAAUAUAUUUCCAUCAUUAGAAAUUCUUGAACUUGAUCGAAAUUAUUUAUCAAUAAUAUCAUCAUUAAAUGCACCAAAAUUAAAACAAUUAAAUUUAGAUGAAAAUCAUUUAGGAAAUAAAAUUGAUAAAAAAAUUUUUUUAAAUUUACCAUCUCUUGAAAGACUGCAAUUACGUGAUAAUCAAAUUGAAAUUAUUGAUAUAAAUGCAUUUCGAUAUACUCGUUUACAAUCACUUGAUUUGACAAAUAAUAGUUUAACAACAAUUCCUCUUUUAAAUAAUCUUAAUGAAACAUUACAAAUUUUAUCUCUACGACUUAAUCGAAUACAUACAAUUGAUUCAUUAACAAUAAAUUAUUAUCAAACACUUCAUACACUUGAACUUGAUCUAAAUCCAUUAGAUUGUGAUUGUCAAUUAAAUAAAAAUAUUCAAGAUUUAUUUCGUUUAAAGAUUAAAAUAACUGGUCAAUGUCAUUCACCAACUGAACAUCGAAAUAUAAAUCUUAUUGAUUUAUCUGAUGAACAACUGUCAUGUCAUUUAAUAAAUUUAUCUCAAAAUAUAGUUUUAACAAAAAUUGAACAAACAACAACACUAACUACUAAUACGACUACUAUAAGAACAACUAUUGCGAAUAUAGUUGAAGAACUUGUUGAAAAUUCUCUUGAACAACAAGAAUAUUCUUUAUCAUCACCAACAACAACUGAAAAAGAAAUAUUAGAACGAAUUCGUAUAUCUGAUUUAAUCAUAACACCCAUUAAUGAUAAAUCUCAAUUAUUAAUACAAUGGGAAUUAUAUCCAUUAAUAAAUAAUGAACACGAUAAUGAUGAAUAUCGUCGUAUAAAUUUCAAAAAUCAUGAUAUAAAUGGUUUUAAAAUUAGUUUAAAUUCUCCUAUUUAUAAAAUGAGUCAAUUACUUGAUGUUUUAGAAAGAAAUUAUACAAUAGAUUAUAUUCAACAAGGUGAAAUAUGUUUAUUUUUACUUCGAAAAAUUGAUUAUGAUAAAUUUUGUAAACAAUUACAAAUAUUUUCAACUAAUUUACCAACACAAACAUUAAAAUCAUCACUUAUUAUUGAUUCUAAACAAUCACAACAAGCAUGGUAUUUGAAUGAACCAACAAAAAGUAUCUUAAUUGGUUCAAUAUUUGGUAUUUUAUUUGUACUUAUUCUUCUUAUAAUUAUUAUUUUAAUAAUAACACGUUGUCGUAUACGUUUAUCAAAAUAUAAUCAAAAUAAUGAUUCAAAAAGUGAAACACUUCUUGUACGUCCAACUCCAACAAAUACUAUUCCAUGGUCAUCACCAUCAGUACCAUUAUCAUCAACACAUCCACAACCAUAUCAUCAUCCUCAUCAUCAUCAUCAUUAUCCACGACCUAUUAGUUAUCAACCAAGUCUUUCUACACAAUGUACAUGUCCAACACACUAUCAUAGUAGUGGUUCAUCAUCAACUGAUGCUAGUUCUAAUUUUAAUCAAGGACAAAAUUAUCAUAUUUAUCAAGAAAUUUUAAAUGAUGAUUAUAAUUCACAAAUAAUUUCGAAUAAUUAUCGAACUUGUCGUCCAUUACAUAUUGAUACAAAUUCUCCGCCAACAUCAUCAUCAUCAAAUACAACAACGACAACAACAAAUCUUGAACAGUGUCAACUUUGUUCACUUAGUGUUCUUGUAUAA